AAGCAGAAACAACAAACAGAGAAGAUGGCCAAUCCGUUUUUAAUGGACGAUGACCUGGACGGUGGCGAUGUGGCCGUGAAUCCAUUUCUAAUGCAAACCGAACCGGAGGCGGCUGAGUCGGAGAAUCCAUUCGGUGAGUCGGCCUCAAAUCCUUUUGCCUUUGGCGGCGAUGAGCUGGAAACGGAGGCAGAGCCAGUGGCUGACAUCGAUCCAGCCAUGAGCUUCUUUGGCACCACCAUUGAGGCCGAGGACGAUGCGCUUAGCUUGAAGUCGGCAGCCGAGGAAGACGAUGAGGGCAAGAAGGGUGCUGCGCCCCCUCCACGCCCACAGCCACCACAAAGCACACAGGAUCUCAUAAACACCGUCUCCAAUCAACUGGACGAGACAAGCUCGGAACUGUUGGGCCGAAUACCGGCCACCCGCUCACCCAGUCCCGUGUCCAUGCGGGAUCUGCACUCGCCCAGCCCCACGCCCGACUCCGGGCUGGCCGAUCUGCUCGAUGUGGACGUGGAUGUGUCGGACAGUGGCUCGAGUGCCCAUAACCAAGCUAUUGAGGCCGAUCUGAUGGGCGGCAGCAACGGUGCAGCUCCGGCAGUUCCAUCGCCGCUCGACAAUCCCUUCGGCGUGCCAACGGCGGUGCCCAGCCUGCAGGGCAUGGCGCCCGUGUCCUCGCCGGCCAAGCAACAGCCACCGCGCCCGCCACCGCCACGCCCGGUGCCACCGCGGCCAUCGCCGCCAGCCCACAUGCAGGGCCAUGGUCAACAGCAGCCCGUGCCGCCGCAGCGUCCGCCGCCACCAUCGGCGCAGCCGGCGGCCGAGGCAGAUGAUCUGCUGGACAUGUUUGGCAGCACCACCAGCAAACCGGCCAAGCCACCGCCACCCAAGACCAAAGAGGACAUACUUAGCCUGUUCGAGCAGCCAGCGGCGGCGCCAGCGCCAGCCCCCAAGCCGGACCUGCUCAACGACGAUCUGCCGGAGGCGCAGCCGCGCGAUGAGCCCAUAUUCAGCUCGUUGCUGAUUCGACCCGAUGACAGCACCCAUGACAUUACAUCACAGCCGCAGUCUGCUGCCGGGACGCGCAUAGCAGCUCCGCAGGAGACACCGCAGAGGCAGCGAGCACCGACGCCGGAUAUUGAGAUUACCACAGUGGAGGACUUGCCACGAUCGGAUGAUGAGGAUGAGCCGGAACCAGCACCAGUUGAGCAGCAGAAACCAGCAGCAGAUGAAGAGCCCGAGGCCGAGCGUCAGCCCGAGCCGGAAUCAGAGCCGGUGCCGGAGCCCGUGCAGCCACAGCUCGAAUCGGAGCCGCCACGGGAACCGCAACCGGAGCCGGAGAUCGAACAGCCAGCUGCCAUUGAAUCGGAUCAUAGUCCACCCACAGAGUCGCCGGCCACAGCACAGGCCGUGCCCGAGUCUAUCAUGGGCCUGGGCAACGACGAGCCGGAGCAAAUGGACACUGGCCUGGACUUUCCUGGCCUGGCCAGUGGUCAGCUGUCGGCGAAUCCCUUCGCCAGCCCCGAGGAGGAAGACGACUCCAGCUUUCAGCCGCCAGCGGCCAUGGUCAGCAAUAUCUUUGCCGUGGACGAGCCCGAGGUGGAGAUGCCGCCAGAGGUGCAGCCGCGCGCCGUGCCUCCGGUUCCGGUUUCGGUUCCGACACCGGCUCCGGCUCCAGCUGCCAGCUAUGUGAGCAACAUCUUUGCAGCUGAGCCGGAUGAGUUCGAUGCAUUCUCGGCCAAAUUUGACUCGGUCAAGAAGGACAACAUCAGCAUACUGGAUGGCUUCGGUGGUGGCGGAGGAUCCGGCGCUAUAACACCCACAGGUGGAGAUGCUUGGGGUGACAGCGCCUUUGGCUCGGCCACGACCACGGCGAAUGCCUUCGGCGAGGUCAACUCAACGGACGAUGGCUUCGGCAACGAGGAUGACGACUUCUAUGCGAUGCAAGCGCCGGCGCGUGCCGAUUCGGUCGAGUCUGUGGACAAGGAGUUCAGCGUGGUCAUCAGGCCCAAGGCGGAGGGGUCAGCGGGCGUGGCACCGCAAUUGGUGCCACCGCCGCCGCCGACGCGUGCAGCGGUGCCGACGUCGGCCACAUCGCCGCCAGCGGUGAAUCCAUUCGAGGAUGUUAGCGGCUUUCCGGCACCACCGGCUGCCGCAGAUGGCAGCAUAAAGCGCACAGACUCGCAGGAUACGCCACAGACGCCUCUGUAUGACGAGGAUGUGUCACAGCCGCUGGAGGAGUUCCCGCGCCUCAACUACAUCGGCCCCGGCUGGGAGAUGCAGCUGCGCCAGCCCAACAAGAAGAAGAUCACCGGCCAGCGCUUCUGGAAGAAGAUCUUUGUGCGUCUGGUGAUGCAGAACGAUGUGCCCGUGGUGCAGCUGCUGAAUCAGGCGGGUGACAAGCAGCCGUUCCAGGAGCUGCCCCUGCAGCCCUCCUACUCGGUGUCGGAGAUCGGGGCCCAGCAGUACGAUCAGUUUGGCAAGAUCUUUACCAUGAAGCUACAGUAUAUAUUCUAUAAGGAGCGCCCAGGCGUGCGACCCGGCCAGGUGACCAAGGCGGAGCGCAUCACCAACAAGCUGACCAAGUUCGCACAAUACGCCAUCGCUGGCGACUACGAGGGCGUCAAGGAGUUUGGCAGCGAUCUGAAGAAGCUCGGCCUGCCCGUCGAGCAUGCGCCGCAAUCGUCGCAGCUCUUCAAGAUCGGCUCGAUGAACUACGAGGACAUGAAACAGUUCUCGGUGUGCAUUGAGGAGGCGCUCUUCAAACUGCCGGCGCUGCGCGAACGCGCGCUCACCUACAAAAUGGAGGAGGUCCAGGUGACAGCUGUCGACGAGAUAACCGUGGAGCAGGACUACGAGGGCAAAAUCCUGAAGCAAAUCGCACGCGUGCGCCUAUUCUUCCUGGCCUUCCUCACGGGCAUGCCCACCAUUGAGCUGGGCGUCAACGACAUGUGGCGCCAGGGCAAGGAGGUGGUCGGACGGCACGACAUCAUACCCGUGGCCACCGAGGAGUGGAUUCGGCUGGAGGCCGUCGAGUUCCACAGCGUUGUCAAUCAGCAGGAAUACGAACGCACACGCACCAUCAAAUUCCAGCCGCCAGAUGCCAACUACAUUGAACUGCUGCGCUUCCGUGUGCGUCCGCCGAAGAAUCGUGAACUUCCUCUGCAGCUGAAGGCCACCUGGUGCGUCACCGGCAACAAGGUUGAGCUGCGCGCCGACAUCCUCGUGCCCGGCUUCACAUCGCGCAAGCUGGGCCAGAUUCCCUGCGAGGAUGUCUCGGUGCGUUUCCCCAUACCCGAGUGCUGGAUCUACUUGUUCCGCGUGGAGAAACACUUCAGAUAUGGCUCGGUCAAGUCGGCCCAUCGACGCACCGGCAAGAUCAAGGGCAUUGAGCGCAUACUGGGCGCCGUGGACACGCUGCAGGAGUCGCUCAUUGAAGUGACCUCCGGCCAGGCCAAGUACGAGCAUCAUCAUCGAGCCAUCGUCUGGCGCUGUCCGCGCCUACCCAAGGAGGGGCAAGGCGCAUAUACCACACAUCAGCUGGUCUGUCGCAUGGCACUCACAUCGUACGAUCAAAUACCGAGCGAAUUGGCGCCAUACGCAUUCGUGGAAUUCACAAUGCCCGCCACGCAGGUCUCGCAUACCACCGUGCGCUCCGUGAGCGUGCAGGACUCGGACGCCGACGAGCCGCCCGAGAAGUACGUCCGCUAUCUGGCACGGCACGAGUACAAAGUUGGCAUCGAGACCACGCACGGCGAGUCCACGAAUGCGUAUCUGGCGGCAACGCGUCCCAUCCGGGAGGAGCCCGCCGCCGUGGCCGCCAAGCCGGCCGCCUCGCCGGUGCCGCCCAGCGACUCGGACUCGGACUCCAACUAAGCACUGAUGGAGCACCCAGUGAACUGCAUUGUGGUUCGGUUUCCAGCGCGAUAUAUUCUACAGUAUAUUUUACGCAUCAGCACUCAAGCCUCAACAUCCGGUAUUUGGUUAUCUUUCGUGUUCUCAUCGUAUGAUAAUUUCAUUCGAGAUGCUCCCAGUGGACCCGAUUGACCCAAUCGCGUGCACUGCGAGCAGCUCGAAUAUAUGUAAUAAUGAUUAGUUGACAAUAAAUACAGGAAAUGCAACACCA